GAGGUAAUAUGACUUCAUUUUAAGUCUGCAUUGACUGGCAACGUGGGUUUUGUUUAUUGGAAAAUACAUUAGGUUUACCAUUUUCUUACUAAUGGACAAAAAUCUAUCAUGAUUUCCUACUGAAAUAAAUAUACAAAACUAAAUUAUCAAUAUGUUAAUCUCUACAAUGUUGAAACAUAGUAGACAUGGGUCUUUUGGCUGCGUAAUGAGUCUGUGUCUCAUUUAUCUAGCUCAUUUCCUAUAACCUGGCCUUGCUGAUUCUACAGACAACAGCAGAAAGUAUUUAUCAGUAACUGUUUGUAUAUUAGAGAUCUGUUAAUCCCAGUAAAAUGACUUUAAUUUAAAGACAUAGUAUCAAUUCUUAGCUAUCAAAUUAACAUAACUGUAAAGCUGAUUAUUAUUUGUACUCUCCUAGGAAUUAUUCACCCUCACCCAAAGACAUUUAAUAAAUAGAAAUAGCAGUUUAUGAAAUGAAAUUUCUAUUAGGCUAACACAUGAAUCCAUGUACUCAUGUGGCACAUAGGUAUUCAUGAACAUUGUAGCAUAAUGGAGAAAUACUGGAGAAGGAAAGACAUGUUUCAGGAGAGACCCGACCAAGCUGCUACUGGACAAACAAAAGCCUCUUGGCACAUAACACUGGCCUCUGUGUAUGCUCAAUACAGAUUUCUGUCCUACAACUUUGCCGGCCUGCUGCAGCAUUUAUUGCUGCCAAAACAGACGCCAUCUGCUCUACAUUCUCACUUCGUGAGCAUUUAAAUCCUUUUUUUCUUUUUCCCCCACUGUGUUUCCAAAGUAUGAUUGGGAACAAGUCUGAGUGCUUAGCUUCUUUUCUUUUUUUAAAAAAAAUAUAUUUGUAUCUGUUUAGUGAUUAUAAAAAUGCCAGAUUGAGAGUACUGGAGUAUGAAAUCUGUUUAUUCACCAGCCAGGUACAGCAUAGGUAGCAGUAAAGCAGGCUUUCCUGCACCAUGCUGCCAACAUGUCCCCACGCCUAGAGGGAUCAUCUGUAGGGAUCAGGAAAAGAAGGCCUACACCAGCAUCACUAGUUAUUAUGAAUGAACACUCACCCCCAGAAAUAGAUGAGAAGAGAAAGAACAACUCACAAGGAGAAUCACAGAACGCCUCCCCUAAGCAGAGGAAGCAGAGUGUGUACGCUCCUCCUGCCAUCAAAGGCAGUGAACAGGCAGAUUCUAUUAAAUGUAAUGGUAAUCACCACUCCUCAGGCACCAUACAGCAGCAGAGAGUAACUGAGGCAGAUGAUCAGCUUAUGAAACCAAGGCGGAAAGAUACACCAUUUCAGCACCAAGCACCGUUUGUUCCAGGGGUUAAGCAUCUGAAAAGUCAGAAUGACUCAGCAUUCCCAGAGGAAGAAGAGGGUGUCAAUGAAAAAGAAGAAGAAUGGGACCAUUAAUUAGCAUUGGGCUUGUGUAAGAAAGGUUUAUGUGAAUAACUGAACUGCUAAACUUUCCAUACUUAACAUGGAAUUCCAUUGCUUGUGUUUCUGAAACAUUCUUCAUCUCACCACUCCAGGCACACAUUGCAGGAUGCUUUCUGGGGAGCAUUCCUUGACUGUAUUUUACAGCACCCUGCAAACUUGUCCUGUGAUACUUGUAACUGAAGAUAAACAUUUAUUUUACAGUCAUUUUUCUUUCCUUUUUUAUGACUUAAAAAUGUAAUUUGCAAACAUGUUAGUAAUCUAAUUUCAGUACUGCCUGAGCUUAAUUAUUGAAUGUGAUCUGUACUUCAAGACUUAUUGUAAAUAGUACCAAUUUAAA